GAGUUUGAUGUCACUAAAUCAUAAUUAACUUCUUUCCAAAAUUGAUUUAAAAAAUUUAUUAUUUGCAAAAGCCGGAAUCCGCCAACCAAAGGCUGAGAGCGAGAGAGGGAGAGCUCAAUCUAGGUGUCGGCGCACUAAAGUGCAGGCGAGCGAGCAACCACAGAAAAUCCGGGAGAGGGAGAUGACAUACUGAUCAAUCUCUUUGUUCUUGUCAUGCGCCGCCGUACGCCUGAACCACUGUAGAUACCGGACGCUCCUACGGCACCGCGGCCACAAUGAACCUCUACACUCACGAUCUCUCUCUCUUCGACUUCUCCCUCUCCGAUCACAUCAUCGACUCCCUAUCUCGCUCCUCUUCCUUCUCUCCUUUUCCAUCCGAGCCCCCCGAUCGCUCUCUGUUGCCAAAUCGUCGCCCUCCCAAGCACCGCCAUGACGGGACCUCGCCGUUGCCUCUCGGCAUGGACUGGAGCCCCCCUCCUCGUCAGUGGGAUGGACAGGACUCUGUUUGGCCACAUGAUCCUCAUACAGGAUGGAGUUAUUGUGUUGUAAUUCCUUCUUGGAUUAUCUUACCAAAAUCAAGUGGUUCAGAUUCUGUAGUGUUUUACAGGGUACAAAUUGGUAUACAGUCACCAGAGGGGAUCACCACCACUCGGACCAUAUUACGAAGAUUUAAUGAUUUCUUGAAGCUAUUUUCUGAACUCAAAGAGGCAUUUCCCCAGAAAAAUCUGCCCUCAGCACCAUCAAAGAAGCUUUUAAGAGUUAAAACAUCAACAUUGUUGGAAGAGAGGAGGAGUUCUUUGGAAGACUGGAUGGAAAAACUGCUGUCUGACAUUGAUUUAUCGAGAAGUGCUCCAGUGGCAAUCUUUCUUGAGCUAGAAGCUGCUGCAAGGUCUUCAUUUGAUGAUAUUCACCGCAAUUCAGAUGUGACUUCUUCUGCUAGUGGUGUGGUUCCAUCCUUUCAAUUCCAACCCAAGUCUGAUGUUUCUGUGGUUGCUGGUAGUUCUUCUAUUGCUUCAGAUUAUGGUUAUGAUUCUACAUAUGAAAAAUCUGAUGUUGGAACGCCAAGGCAUGCAAGGGAUAACUUUUCAGAACUGGGAAUGGACAAUUUGACAGCAGAUCAAAACUUAAGUGCUGCAAUAGACACAAAUCUUAAGUUUGGCAUGUAUAACAAUGAUAAUGGUUUGCUAAUAGGAGACUCUGUUACGGAAAAAAUAGGAAGGUUAUCUAGGCAUAAACUGCAGAUCAGAAAAGAGAACAAUGUUAUUGGAAACAAUAAAGUUAGUGAAAGUACUUCUAAAGCUGUGGUUCAACUUGGGGAUGAAAUGGAACCUUUUUCUGAAGUAAAGAAUAGCAAGGUGGCUGAUCAUGUUCGAAGACUAUCAGCAGAGAGUGUUGUGAGUGACAUAAGUUCUGUUAGAGCUAGUGAAAUUUCAAACCUGGGGAUGGUAAAUUCUUUUGGUGAUGGAUCCAUCGACUUUCCUGAAGGUUCUGAGGCCCCAAGAACAAUGGAUAGCCUUGCCAGCUCGGGUGACCCUAUAGUUGUUCUUCCGUCAGAUGAACGCCGUAAAAUGAACAGGGUUCUUAUUACCUUGCAACGUAGACUGGCUACAGCAAAAACAGAUAUGGAGGAUCUUAUAGCAAGAUUGAAUCAAGAACUUGCUGUGAGACAAUACCUUACAACUAAGGUCAAGGAUUUGGAAGUGGAACUUGAAACUACCAAACAUAAUUGUAAAGACAACUUGCAGCAAGCUAUUCUGAUUGAAAGGGAAAGAUUUACUCAAAUGCAAUGGGAUAUGGAGGAGCUUCGGAGGAAGUGUCUGGAUAUGGAAAUGAAGUUGAAAUCUGAACAGGAAGAAAGGUUGCAUACAGAGUCAGUUAAAGUAUCUGUCAUUCAGAAGAAUGAGAUGUUACUGCAUGAGCUGGAUGUUGCAAGAGAACAACUUCUGAAUUUACAGAAACAGCAUGAAGAAUUAGAGAUAAAAUCAAAGGCAGAUGUAAAGGUUCUUGUCAAAGAAGUUAAAUCUCUUCGCAGUUCUCACUCAGAAUUGAAGCAGGAGCUGGGCAGAGUGAUGAAAGAAAAAAUAGAAGUGGAGAGGGUUCUUCAAAAGGAAAAGAAAAGAAGGGAAAUUGUAGAUGCUGCUAAUGCGAAAUUGCUCCAUGAAUGUGAAAUUCUUCAAAAUCGACUAAAAGAAUGCAGUGUUAAUUUUCUUGUUGAAGAGGAGGAUAAAUUAAUUAUGGAUGCUUCAUCACCUUUUGAUGCAGUUGAUCUAUUGACAACAUCUGAUAAUCGGAUAGGUCUCCUUCUUGCUGAGGCCCAGCUCCUCGCACAAGAUGUUGAAAGUUCCAUUACAGCAGCAGACAGAAGUCAAGCUAUAGCCGGCGAUGAUGCAAGGACAACAGAUGAUCAGCUGAGAAAAAUGCUCACUGAUAUUUUUAUUGACAAUGCCACCUUGAGAAAACAGAUCAACUCUGUUAUACGUUGUGCGUUGCAUACACCUGCAAUGUCCGAGAAAGAUGACGAGGAAGAUGAAAUCCCUUUAAAAAAAACUGUUCUGAGCAAGUUCUUGGAACACUGACGUGAUAGUGGUGCAAAAUUGUAUCUGUUUCUAAGAUUAUGGCGAGGAAACUUCCAUGAUCCCAGGAUGUGCAGCUGUUGGCAUCUUGGUUUUCGGGUUCUGUAUAUAGAUCACUGCUUGUACAGCAUCGUUGUAUAAUAUGCUCCACUGUUAUGGAUAAUUGAUAUGAGGAUGGGGAAAACUACUAACGGAGCCAAAUGCCUAAUAGUCGAUUCAAAUCGACUUUUCCUU